AUGACAAUUUAUAGGUCAUUAUUUAUGUUUUCAAAAGAUUUAAAUAAAAAUGAAAUUCCUGGUGAUAUUAAACUCAAAAUAAAUCAUAAUAUAAGAUUUUCAGAUUUUAACCUUCAUAGAUGUUUAAUUGAUGCGCUUUUAUGCAAUGGUUUAAUUUUUCCAUCACCAGUACAAUAUCACGUUUUGAGCCAGGGAGCCAUUGAAGAAAACUUAAUUGUCCAAGCAAAAUCUGGGACAGGAAAAACUAUUGCAUUCGUUUUAUUCAUUUUAAAUAAACUAUUGAAUCAUCUAGAUCAUGAUUUGAAACAGUUUCAUGGAUGUUUUGAAUUGCAAUCGCUUUUAAUAGCACCAACAAGAGAAAUAUGCAUUCAAAUAAACAAAACUAUAUCAAUGUUUUUAAAUUCAAUUAAAGAUAAUUAUCUUAUAGACAAUAUUUGCUGUAUAGGGGGAAGCCCUAUUUCUGAAGAUUUUGAAGAAUUUAAUCUCAAUACUCCGACAAUAAUGGUAUCUACACCAGGGAGAUUUAUUCAAUUAAUGAAUUAUGAGCCGAAUAAAUUUUUGUCCGUAAAAAUGCUAAGGAAAUCACUGUUUUUUCUACUUUUUGAUGAAGCUGAUCGUCUUCUUGAAGAUUGUUUUAUUGAACAGUCAAAGCAUUUACUAGAACUAUGUUUGGGUUCAUCCACUACACAGUUUAUUGCAUGUUCAGCAACUUUCCCUAUGGAUAAAUUACAGCUAUUGAAGAGAAUGUUACUUAAAAUUAACAUAAAUGCAGGGGAUUGCAAAUUACUUAAAUUGAGGCAAAUUCAACUCUGUUCAUCAUUUGGAACGAACUAUAGAAACAUUGAUAAUAUUGAAGCAAUAAAUUAUGUUCAAGAUGUAAGAAACACAGAUGGUAUGAAUUCUAUAUCAAAAUUAGCAAUUUCGAAUACUCUUGAAAGCCCAGUACUAAAAAAUAUGAAUUUUUUUCUCUAUGAUUUGUUUUUAAAUGAAAUAUUUCAAUUAAAUGCAUUCGAUGAAAACAAUUACCAUCAAUGGGCAUAUUUAUUAAAUUCAAUAGUUGAUGUUUUGAUCAGAGUUCCAUUUAGACAAUCGCUCAUUUUUACUAAUAAUGGCUCAGUUGGAUAUAAAAUUAUGUCUGCUUUAAAGUCUUUAAAUAUUCCUGUCUCAUAUACUAGUGGGAAAAGAUCGCAAAUUGAAAGAGAAGAAAUAAUUACUUCAUUAAAUGAAAAUAGGUGUAGAGUUGUAGUUUGCUCUGACUUACUUGCACGAGGAAUUGAUAUAAAGAUGAUUGACCUUGUAAUUAAUGUUGAUGUACCUAUUGACAAAGAGACUUUUUUGCAUCGUGCAGGCAGAUCUGGCAGAUUUGGGCAGAAAGGCAUUGUAGUUUGCAUACCUUCUCAUAAGCAAGAUUAUGACUCAUUUUUAUAUUUUUAUAAUCAAUUGGAAAUAAAUUUUUUAAGUUUUUGUGAACAAUUUAAUCAUGUGGAAAAAAAUAACAAAUCAUACCCUUCUUAUGAUAAUACGGACUUAAGUUUAGGGAUAAAUUCUAUUCUAACUCCACCAGUGUUGGAAUCAUCUGAAGACGUCUUUGCUGGACUUGAGGAUUCCAAGGACAACAAUUUGAAUGAAAAGAGUGAAAAUAUUGAUUUAUCAUGUUCAACUAUUAACGUGACUUCUCUAGAUUAUUACAAAACAAUUAAUGAUUUACAAAUUACUAAUAUAGACAGAGAUAUUUUGGAUUUCUGGAGGCUCUAUAAAGGAAUUACAAUUUAA